UUCAUCAAGACGCACAAGACUCUGAACCGAAGGAAAUUUUGGCCUUCCCAUAGAAGCUCAUUAUUCGGAUAUGUGUAAUGAUUUAUUUCACAUCAUGACACCGUAUUGAUUGGAUAUUUAGAAAGAUUGAGUCAUAAAGUCGAUAGAUUUGUUUAUAGGCUGCUGCGUUGGCGUCAAACAUGAGCAAAAAUUCACGCUUUCAAAGAAGAGAAUCGCCGUAAACGGAAUGAUCGGUUCUCACGUGAAGUCACCCUGAUUGUUUGUUUUCAAAAGAAGAUCAAAACGUAUCGACCCCGAAAAAUAACAGCCGCCUUGAGUCCGAAGUGGAAAGAAACGCUGACAUUCACGAUAUCUGGAAAUACGGUGUCCUAAGCCAUGGGGGCCUUCUUGGACAAGCCGAAGACGGAAAAACACAAUGCUCACGGGGCGGGUAACGGUCUGCUUUACGGCCUGAGCAGCAUGCAGGGAUGGCGGGUUGAGAUGGAGGAUGCGCACACAGCUGUGGUGGGUCUUCCCCACAGCCUGGACGACUGGUCGUUCUUCGCCGUGUACGAUGGUCACGCCGGCUCCCGCGUGGCCAACUAUUGCUCCAAACACCUUUUGGAUCACAUCAUAACCAACAGUGAAGAUUUCCGUUCAGGCGCAGACUCCGUAGAGAGUGUUAAAAGCGGCAUUCGCUCUGGCUUCCUGAAGAUCGACGAGUAUAUGCGCAGUUUCGCCGACCUGCGCAACGGCUUGGACCGUAGCGGAUCCACCGCAGUCGGCGUGCUGGUGUCACCCGAGCACCUCUACUUCAUGAACUGCGGCGACUCCCGCGCCGUGCUCAGUCGUGCCGGGCAGGUCCGUUUCUUUACUCAAGAUCACAAGCCCUGUAACCCACGUGAAAAAGAGCGCAUUCAGAACGCGGGAGGUUCUGUAAUGAUCCAAAGGGUGAAUGGUUCUCUGGCUGUGUCCCGGGCUCUGGGGGACUAUGACUACAAGUGCGUGGAUGGGAAGGGUCCUACUGAACAGCUGGUAUCUCCGGAACCGGAUGUGUUUGAGAUCCCCCGCGUUUCAGAUGAGGAUGAGUUUGUGGUGCUCGCUUGCGAUGGCAUCUGGGAUGUGAUGAGCAACGAGGAGCUAUGUGAUUUUGUGCGGUCUCGAUUAGAGGUGUGCGAUGAUUUGGAGAAGGUCUGCAACUCUGUAGUGGACACUUGUUUACAUAAGGGAAGCCGUGACAACAUGAGUGUUGUUCUAGUUUGUUUCCCCAAUGCGCCAAAGGUAUCGGAUGAGGCUGUAAAGAGAGAGGCAGAGUUGGACAAGUCCCUGGAGGCUCGAGUGGAAGAAAUGAUGGAGAAGGCCGGGGAGGAUGGCGUCCCGGAUCUAAGCCACAUCAUGCACAACCUCCGUCCCGAGACCAUCCCCAACUUGCCACCAGGAGGGGGUCUUGCUAGCAAACGUAGUGUAAUUGAGGCGGUUUACAACAGGUUAAACCCACAUAGAGAAGAAGAUGGGGACAACCAGGGAGGAGCAGCGGGCCAUGAGGAGGAAGAUGGGAGCACCGCUGCCGCCAACUUGCUGGAGGCGCUACGACAGUUCCGUCUCAGCCACAGAGGCGAAUACCGCCACGUGCUGGAGCAGGCGCUCUCCAGCUACCGGCUGUCCUGCGGGACAGGCACCGCGACACGCUCCGCCCCCCCGGAGGACCCCCCCUCUCCCCCACCAUCCCCAGCCGUUGAAGCCCUCAACUCUGAGGAGGGCCAGGACGAAGCCACCACAUCACCGUCUUUAGACAAGCUCUCUGGCGCCCCCACUGCAUGACCCUUUAGUACCAACUAACCCUAAACCCCUAACCCCUCAGAUAUCGAACCCCAAACCUGCUCUUUGGCCCAGGUUGCUAGGUUGGUGCAGUUCCAUUGCAGGUGUUUGGUUUUCUUUAUGAAUGUAUUCUCAUUUGUCUGUUGUGCCUAAGUGAGCUCAGCACACAGAAAGACUAUUUAGCCAUUUAUUGGGCAUACAUUUAGGAUUAAUAUUAAUGAGAAAUUCUAAGCACUUAAAACCUGCUCUGAAACUGCAAGCGAGGUUAACCUUGGCAUAUCCCAGCUCUGUCUGCAUUAAGCACUUUUCUGUAUCUCUGCACUUAGCCCAGCAUUUUUAUAUUGAGAACAAUGGGUCCCUCCUAAUCAAUUAAGCAUUUCUGAAUGUAUAAGUCUGAUUAUUGGUUUAAGCGCAUCUUUACUCUUGUAAAUACUUAAAGAUUUGAAAGAAAAAUGACAAUCUGGGCUGUGCCAAGGAUGCAUAUGUCUGUAUGCUCUAGUGCCACCAUGCUAUGCAUGUGUACUCUGCAUUCUGGGUUGGUCUUGUGUUUUGGUUCUAGGAUAAUAGCAAGCGCUGUAGAAAACAUCAGGUACAGCUUGUAUUGUUUUCUUAAAUAUGGAGUAUGAGAUGUGUGUAUCAAACAUGUGAAAUAAUAAUCUCCUUCUCUUUCUUUCUGUCUCUUCAUCUCUAUUCUCACUGGCCUAUAAUUUGGACUGCACUCUCAAAUAUGAUUGUAGUUUGUGUGCUCUUUGAGUGUUAACUCCACUAUCCAGGUGUCUCUUUAAGGUAUAAGCACAAAUGGAAAAGCACUGGCUCUAUAAGCAUGGGCCAUAUGAGAUUAUGAUGGCUUAAUCAAUACUAUUUACCUCGUCUAAGCCUACACAGUCUUUUGUUCUUGCUGUAUUUUCUUUGUCUAUAAAUAAUUUCUCUUGCACUAUUCCAAUCAGCAAAUGAUUAUACAUUUGAAAUGUAAAAGUCAAGCAUUUACAUGCAGAAUGAAUUACCUUCAGGGGAACGUGUUGUCAACUACACAUUAGGUAAUUCUGCAACAUGGUUUAUCUUGAAUGUCUGUACUCUGCAGAAUUUGCACAGAGCUCUACAUGAAUUGUAUCAUCGGACUGUUUAUUAGUUAAUUUGUCUUUUCUUAGGCUAACUGAUCAAAGUAAACAAUGUCAGGCUGAUUACUUGGACUUGAUUUCAAAGUCAAUGCGUAAUGCAAAUUCUGUAAUCCUCUUAACAGGUGACAUAAGUGUGUGCAUAAAGCUGCCAUUGUUGUAUUAAACUCAGUGUUAUAAAUAUAAAACCUCAGUGCGGAGUUGAAAAGCUGAGCUUUAUUGUUUGCUGGUUUAUUUGUUCCCCGAGUUCUGAUUUCUUUCCUGGGCAUAAGAUUUAUAUUUAUUUUGUUUUAUGCUGCAGUUCUUUAAAUAAAAUAAAUCAAAUUCAACUAUUCAUGUUUGUCUUUGCUGCCAUUUAUUGUUACUAAAGUCAUUUUUAACAUUCUGCUUAUGAAAUAGCACACCCCAUAAUGCUAAAACACUCACACUGAGCCAUAUGCAUAUUUUGUGAACUUGUCACCUCAUACUCGUGAAGGCUGGAUGUGCAAAGCACACCCCAGGUCAUUUAUAUUCAAUAAUUUGCAAACUUUUUACAAAUAACUUUGAUAUUGGAAGUUUAAUAGCUUGAGGUAAGUGUGCACCUGAACUGCAUGAGUUAAACAAAAAGCUAAUUUUAAUGCUGAAGAGCUGUUUUUAAGGAAAUGCAUCUGCUAAAUUGCAAUGAAAAUAGUGGUCAGACGUCGUAGGUCUCUUUUUCCCUCAUUUAAUUUGUGUUGACUUUUUUUUUUUUUGGAGCUCUUCGUAUUACCUGUUGGACACAUGUUAACUGUUCACUGAUGAAUGUUUCUUUGACUUCCUGUGAUAUUAAAGUGUUAAUGGGUUGUUUUUUCCUUUGCCUACGGUGAAUUAACCUGUUUGUCUUGUACUUCCUGUCAUCCUGUGCUUAAUUAAAAAAAAAAUGCAUAAUAUAGCUAGUGCAAUUAUUUAUUAUUUUCCUUUAUUAUUAAUUUUUGGUUAAAUUGAAUCCCAGAACCAAGACUAUAUUACUCUUGUUUUCUGUCUCACACCCUUCCUUGAUUUCUCUUCCUUUGCUGUUUUUUUAACUCCCCGAUUCUCACUUGUCAAGUAUUCUACCCUUUUUGUUUUUCUCUGUUUGCUCAUUUCUUUCCCUUUCUUGUUUUCUCCUUG